ACUUUAUCCGUAUUUUGUGGCACAUAAGUGACUAAUUGUAAAAUUAUUCAGAAGUAUAAAAAAUUAUCAAAAACUGAAAAAAUUGGUGAAAAUUGUAUUUUAUUAAGAAACGAUUCUUUGCAAUGAAAAUGACGAACAUAUAUUUUUCAAGAAACUGGCUAUUGAUAACAAUACUUAUUACAAGUGCAAGUGUGCUUAUGCAAGAAUUAAGAAAGCCAAGAAAAUUGAUCAUAGAUACAGAUGCUGGAAGUGAUGAUGCUUUAGCAAUUCUUUUAGCAUUGAAAUAUGAAGCAGCUUAUAAAGAAAAUAUCAAAAUAAUUGCAAUAACUUGCACUUACGGUAACACGGAAGAAGAAAAUGUAGAGAAAAAUAUUCUUAAAACUCUAACCAUUGCAAAGAGGAAUGGUAUUCCAGUAUACGGAGGAGCUAAAAAACCUUUGUUACGAAAUUUUAACGGUUCGAAGGUUUAUGGAAAGGACGGAUUAGGAGAUUUUGAAUUUACAGAAGAAAUCACAGCCAAAAUUGAUCGAUCUAAACAUGCAUCUUUGGCUUUGAUAGAUUUAGUAAAAUUAAAUUCAGGGGAAAUAAACAUAAUUACACUUGGAUCUCUAACAAAUUUAGCUUUAGCCAUAACAAUCGAUUCAACUUUUAUGAAUCACGUGGAUGAAUUAUUUAUCAUGGGAUCGAGUGUUUCUGGAUUUGGAAAUGAAUGUCCUAAUGUUGAAUUUAAUUUUGCUGCUGAUCCAGAAAGUAAUUUCAUAGUGAUGAAUUCUAUUAAAAAGCCAUGUAUCCUAUUGCCAUGGGAAACUGUUUACAACUGUAAUCCAGGAAAGGAAUGGCGGACAAAUGUUUUUGGAAAAUUAAAUUCUUCUUCAGUGAUCUUUUUAAAUAAAGCAGAGGCUGUAUUCUUCUGUUUAUCAAACAAUUCAAUUUGGACAGGUGUUGAUGGACUGGCUAUAGCUAUAGCAAUUUGGCCAGAAAUAGUAAAAAAAUAUGUAACUACAAACGUUACGCCAGUUUAUGAUGGAGCAGCAAGAGGGUCGGUUCUUGUGGAUUAUUUUAAUUUAACUCGAAAUACACCCAAUGCAAAAAUAGUUCAAGAAUAUGACUUGGAACUUUAUAAGGCCAAAUUAUUGCAAUAUUUUUCUGAUUCUUGUGCGAGUGUGAUCAUGCAAAAAUUAGGAAAACCAAGAAAAUUUAUCAUUGAUACGGAUGCUGGAAGUGAUGAUGCUUUAGGAAUUCUUUUAGCAUUAAAAUGUGAAGCUGCUGAUGAAAGAAAUAUUGAAAUAAUUGCAAUCACUUGCACUUAUGGUAACACGGAAGAAAAAAAUGUAGAGAAAAAUGUUCUUAAAACGUUAACCAUUGCAAAAAGGAAUGAUAUCCCAGUAUAUGGCGGGGCAGAGAACUCAUUGUUGAAAAAUUUUAUUGGUUCAAAGUUUUUUGGAAAUGAUGGAUUUGGAGAUUUUGAAUUUCCCGAAAAACUCACUUCCGAAAUCGCUAGAUCGAAACAUGCAGCUUUGGCUUUGAUAGAAUUAGUAAAAUCAUAUUCAGGGGAAGUCAGCAUAAUUGCACUUGGACCUCUAACAAAUUUAGCCUUAGCCAUAACACUCGAUUCAACUUUUAUUAAUCAUGUAGAUGAAUUAAUUAUCAUGGGAUCGAGUGUUUCUGAAAUUUCAAAUAAAAGUUCUAAUAUUGAAUUUAAUUUCUCUGCUGAUCCAGAAAGUAAUUAUAUAGUAAUGAAUUCUAUCAAAAAGCCCUGUAUGCUAUUGCCACUCGAAACUGCACUUAAUUCUCCCCCUGGAAAGGAAUGGCGGCAAAAUGUUUUUGGAAAAUUGAAUUCUUCUAUAGUAGACUUUUUAAAUAAGGCAGAGACUAUUUCUUCAUCAAAAAUAACAGAUUGGACAGGAGAUGAUGCACUAGCUGUAGCUGUAGCAAUCUGGCCAGAAAUGAUAACGCAUUUUUUAAUCACGAAUGUUACGCCCGUUUAUGGUAGGACGAUGAGGGGGGCAGUUCUUGUUGACUAUCAGAAUCUCACAAGCAAACCAAAAAAUGCAAAAAUUGUGCAAUCGUUUGACCUCGAUUUUUUUAAGUCUAAAUUAUUGAAUUACGUUCCUUAAUAAGCUUUUUUGUUACAAUAUAAAAAUGUAAAAUUGCAAGAAUAGGGGAUGGUUUUUGUAUCGCUGAUUGAAAAGUUGCAAUACAAUUUUUUUAAUAACUUUA